GAGCCAGGCCUAGGGGCGGAGGUGCUCCAAGGGUACCCAGCGGGCUCAGAGUGGGGCAGCCCUGGAGUUGGGGCAGUCCUUGAGUCGGGGCGGUGCCUGCGGGGCGGGCGGGGCCCGACGGGUCUUGUGUGGCCUUGGCCAUGAAGCCGCAGCCGCCGGGCUAGGCCCCGGGCGGCUCUAGCCCAGGGCGGCUCUAGCCCAGGGCUGCCCGCGGAGGGCUGGGCCCAGCCUCAGCUCUGGGUACCCAGCCGGUGGGUGGCUGCUCACCAUGCCCGGCAAGCACCAGCACUUCCAGGAACCCGAGGUCGGCUGCUGCGGGAAAUACUUCCUGUUUGGCUUCAACAUUGUCUUCUGGGUGCUGGGAGCCCUGUUCCUGGCCAUUGGCCUCUGGGCCUGGGGUGAGAAGGGCGUUCUCUCCAAUAUCUCAGCACUGACAGAUCUGGGAGGCCUUGACCCCGUGUGGCUGUUUGUAGUGGUUGGAGGGGUCAUGUCGGUGCUGGGUUUUGCUGGCUGCAUCGGGGCCCUCCGGGAGAACACCUUCCUGCUCAAGUUUUUCUCAGUGUUCCUCGGCCUCAUCUUUUUCCUGGAGCUGGCAACAGGGAUCCUGGCCUUUGUCUUCAAGGACUGGAUACGAGACCAGCUCAACCUCUUCAUCAACAACAACGUCAAGGCCUAUCGGGACGACAUUGACCUCCAGAACCUCAUUGACUUUGCUCAGGAAUACUGGUCUUGCUGCGGAGCCCGAGGGCCCAACGACUGGAACCUCAAUAUCUAUUUCAACUGCACUGACUUGAACCCGAGCCGGGAGCGCUGCGGGGUGCCCUUCUCCUGCUGCGUCCGAGACCCUGCGGAAGACGUUCUCAACACCCAGUGCGGCUACGAUGUCCGGCUCAAACUGGAGCUGGAGCAGCAGGGCUCCAUCUACACAAAAGGCUGUGUGGGGCAGUUCGAGAAGUGGCUGCAGGACAACCUGAUCGUCGUGGCCGGGGUCUUCGUGGGCAUCGCCCUGCUCCAGGUCUUUGGCAUCUGCCUGGCCCAGAACCUCGUGAGCGACAUCAAGGCAGUGAAGGCCAACUGGAUCAAACACGAUGAUGGAUACAAACUACUCAAAUAAACAAAACCUUGAAAACCA